UCGGCUGUCAACGACCCCGCUAUAUACCGUGCACUAGUUUGCAGACUUCGCAGUUCGGCCGUUCCCUGGUUGCCUCUACGACGCCAGAUAUCGUCCAAGGGAACCACGCACCAAGAAGUCGAGCUGGACGCCGAGCUUCCUUUGCUGAAGGGAGGCAACAUGAACCCCGCAUUAUACAGCGCUAAUAACUCAUUUCAAAUUGCUGCGGGACGCCAGAUCAUAGAAUGGCUUAACCCGGCCUUUCAAGAAGACGGGGGCAACCAGCAGUACCUAGACGUUGGUUGCGGUGACGGAGCUGCCACCCGUAACGUCAUCCUGGAAAACAGCAUGCCUUGCAGACGUCUUGUGGGAACCGACAUAUCCAGCGAUAUGGUCGAGUAUGCACGGGAACACCAUGCUCAUCCCAAAUUGGUGUACGAUGUCCUGGACAUAUGCGACGAUAUGUCGAUGUUCAAAAAUCAGUAUGGACAAUUUAGGAGGGUUUAUUCCUUCUUUGCGAUGCACCGGCUGGAGGAUCAGGACAAGGGAUUCAAGAACAUUGCGGAUCUAAUGACACCGGAUGGGGAGUGCUUGCUAGCUUACGUGGGAAGCCAACCAGGUUUCGACGUUUUGAAAGAAAUGGGCAUGGUGCAACGAUGGCGUGCUUACGCAAAUUGCUUUCGAGGUUCUGUACCACUAAGCCACUCUGUAGCUAACCAACGUUGCUAUAUGGAGACACAAUUGGAAAGCGCAGGCCUCAAAGCGCAUACUUGCGAAGUGAUGCGGAUAACGUGGAAAAUGGCAUCCGAAAAAGCUCUGACAGACAUGUUCGAGCCCCUACUCCCGUUUCCCGACAACACUCCACCUGGCGAUAAACACGAACUUCUCAGGGAUUUCACGGCAAGAAUGUUAAAACACUGCAAGGUUGAGAUCACCGGCGGCGUUAUACUCCCUGUUAAACUGUUUGUAGUUCACGCUUCAAAACUUUUGUAAAUAUAUUAGGCGGUUGCAUCGCAGUA